UUACUUGCUAUUCCCUAUUGUAGAAAAAUAGGCAGCAGGUAAAACUCGGCCGGAGUGAGAAGCGACCUACCGGCAGUGGGGCCAGCGGCGGUGGCGCCUGACUGUCCAUGUGCGGACGCAGAAGGUGCUGGAGCACACGGCGCAGCAGCUGGCUGGUGGAAGGCCCAAGGAGGAGGUCAUUGUUGGCUGGGGCAACGCCAACACUGGCUAUGGCGGUUGCAUCAGCAGGUGUGUGCGAAGUGCGGGCGGCGCUUACUCGGCAACGGGCAGCGCUGCCUGCAGGCGGUCGUACCAUGGGGGGGCUUACGUGCUCACCAAGUCCAAGUGUGCAACCACUGCGGGACGGUGUGGGGACGUGACGUCAACUCCGCAACCAACAUCCGGCACGCGCUGGUGGAAAUGCUGCUGGGGCACAAGCGACCUGCAUCGCUGCAGACUGGCGGCGGCGGCGGCGGCGGCGGCGGCGGCAGCGGCGGCGGCGGCGGCGGCAGCGGCGGCGGCGGCGGCGGCAGCGGCGGCGGCGGCGGCGGCAGCGGCGGCGGCGGCGGCGGCAGCGGCGGCGGCGGCGGCGGCAGCGGCAGCGGCGGCGGCGCGUGCGCGCAUCUUGGUAGCGGAGGGGGCGGGAAAGGCCACGUGGAGGAGGAGAGCGCAGCGCCGCCCAAGAAGCGGCGCAAGCGCGCAGGCUGAGGAGCCGGCUGGUGUCUAGGCAGCGGUCCGCGGUGGGGCUGGCAGGGCAUGCGUAGCGGCGUGACAAGUAGUGCGGCUGUUGACAACUGUGCUACGUCUGGCUGCGGUUGGCUCUGCUGUGGCAUCGCGAUUGCUAGGCACCGGGUUUGGCUAUGUGCCUGUGGAAACCGACCCCGGCUAUGUCCGGGCGAUGAGGUUGUUCGGCAUCAGAGAGUGGAGGGGCUCAGCCCCUUUUCCCGUGACCGGGGAACACUUGUCCACAGAUGAUGGCGAAGCGGUUGGAGAGGGCGGGCAGCAGCAUCGAAUUGCGGCAUGCGUGCGGUGGGCUCUCGAAACCCGGCCGACCCCCCGGACGACGACCCACCCCGCAACUUUGGUGGCCCAGCACUUCCUCAUCAGACUAC